AUGAUCGAGAAGUUAACCGAACUAGGCGUAGUGGCUUAUCGACAUGUGUCAUCGACUCGUGGGGAGAUCGAUGCAGCGCACGUUCAAAAACGGGCUCUGAACCGGUGGCACCAGGUAUCUAUCGCUGCCGCCAAACAGAGUCUGCGACGGACGCUCCUGGACGUUGGUGGUCACCACUCGAACCCAGGCUCGGGCUGGCUGACAGGGGUGUGCUCGGAAGCCACGAUAGCGUUCGACCACCUGGUCCAGUGGAUAGAGAGCACUGCAUCCGCGAACCAGGUAUUCCUCCUGGCAGCGCCCGCAGCUAUGCAGACCCUGAUGACGUGGCGAGCAGAUGCUUUUCCGCUGCGCACUGCAUCCGCUUCAUCCAUGAUGCCGCGACGUGUUGUGUGCAUCAUUGGACCCGAGGGUGGCCUCACCAGCGACGAGGAAGCAGCGCUUAUAGGAGCUGGCUCGAUCGGGGUAUCGUUGGGACCGCAGCGUCUUCGAACAGAGACGGCUGCCGUGGCGUUUGCUGCAGCGCUGUUAACCCCGUAG